AAAACCUGGAUUGUUUCUACUCUCUGCUCAAUCUCACAUUCGUGCUAUGCACAUAUAAGAAGCAAGGAAGAUUGUUUUGUAUGUAUUUUUGGAAAAAAACUGCGUCCAGUAGUUAUCUCGAUGGUUUUGUUGUGUUGUUUAUCGCAGGGUUAUGAAAGCCCUAAGAUUCCACCCAAAAGCCCUACACCUUCGAAGGUUUCUGGCAGAGAACCUAAGCACCAGAAAGAGGUUAGGAUGCUCCCUGAGAAGGUACAACAGCUAGAUAUGCUCUGGGAAAGUAAAAGUUAUGCAGCAGUAGGCCACUAUUAUGGGGUUAAUGAAAGUACCAUAUGCUACAGAAAGAAGAUCGAGGUAGCGAUCAGGACUAUCGUAGCAGUAAGUUUCUGUGAAAGUGCCCAAAGAUAACGAUAGAGAGAAAUAAGCAGUUCGUGAGGAUUAAAUCCUUUAAAAUAUUUAUAAUAAAUAUCAUUUCGUAGUGUAACAUGGCAACAAAAAAAAACAGCAAAAAACAUAUACAGGGUUAUUUGAAGUUAACACGGGCUGUGAUUGGUGCAAUGGAAAGAGACGAUGAAUCGCAGCUUUCUAUUUUGUAAUCUGGCCUGUGACUGGUGCUUUGACCGAUGCUCAGAUCCGCAGCACAUUCCGCUGGUCCCCCCCUCUCCCUCUCUCUCGCGGCCAUUUGGCUCCAGGCUUUCUCGGUGAGUGAUUUACUGUACUACUUUACGCUGUGCUGUGUGUGAUCUUUGUUGUUGUUUCUUUGCGUUUUCAUCUUCUGUAAUGGCUCCCAAGCAUGCUGCUUCUUCCAAGGCUGGUACGGAGCCUGAACGCAAACGAAGAAUAAUGACGAUCGCUGAGAAGGUGAAACUUCUGGAUGUGUUGAAGAUGGACGAGGCUAACAUCAGGAAGACGGCUGCCAUCACCUUUUAAUAAGUCGGCGAAGAGAGUGGUUACGGCUCGUAAUAAAACUAUCAUCCGUUUGGAAGCUGCUUUGGCCGUAUGGAUAGCCAAGUGCCGAAAGAAAAACAUAGCCUUGGAUACGAACAUCAUUAAAACAAAAGCAAGGAGCUUUCCUUCAUUAUUUUUAUUGUCGACUAAAACCCUUCACUUUUUGAUAUUUACAUAAAAUUUUUCUAUGAUAAAAAUAUAUAUUAUUUUGCUUUAGUAUCAACCGCUAUAAUUUCAUUUAAUUCUAUACAUUUAAAAUAUAUUUUAUAACCCUAAAUUUAAUAGAAAUGAAGACUGUCGUUGUUUGGUAAUGGAAGAUCUGAUUAUGAAAAGAAGCUUUUAAAAAAAACCCACUUUAAUUUCACAUGAAUUACUUUGUCAUAUUACUAUGGGAAAUUACUUUGAAAAAAAUCUUUGCAGAAAGAUGAGUCAAAUGAUUGCAUUGUUAUCGCAGUUUGGAGAGGUUUGGCUGUUAUUUCUAGCAUGUGGAUAGCCUGGUUGAAAAUGUCCCUUGUUUAAGAAACAUAUUGGGUUUAUUUACAUUUCUGAAGCAUCCAACUAGGCCAUCAUGAUGCUGGUUAUUAGAGAAGUUGUGGGCCGAAUCUGAUGGUAGAAAAGCUAGGACUGGAGAAAGAGAGAUACGAGUUAACUUUCCUAGAAUGUUAGCAUCCAACUAGGCCAUUUCGAAGCAAAUGUACAAUAUUAGAAAAAUUGGGGAAGUAAACCCCCGAAAAGAACAAAAUUUGAAAUUGAAGAGUUUUGAGAUUCACCCAAUCAGGAAACAGUUCUUUUCUGCUUAUAUGGAAAAAUAUAAAACGUGCAGGCACAUGCGUAGUUGUGUAGUUAAGAAAUUCAACCGCCAACAUUUUACAAACAGACACGGAGCAUGAUGGCUGCCUUACAGCAAAUGUCGAACGCAAAGAUAAUUCAGCGAUAUUAUGAGGUUCUUGUGAAUAGUUUAGAUAGUGUGGGUAUAAAAAAGAUUAUUGAUCGUCUUUUGAGUCAUUCAUUAAUUUUGAUCGAGAACAAGAAUGAGAUUCAAACAGAAAAAACCCCCGAAGAUAAAUCUCGGAAAUUACUCGAUAUCAUUUUAAAUCAAGUGAGAACCGAGGACAAUGAGAAUAAGUCGGAAUUUUUUGACGAAUUCAUGAAAGUUCUAAAUGAAGUCGACAAAAAUUUGGCAUCAUCCAUGAAGAAGGAAGCUGAGGAGAAAGCUAAGAAGGAAGCUGAGGAGAAAGCUAAGAAGGAAGCUGAGGAGAAAGCUAAGAAGGAAGCUGAGGAGAAAGCUAAGAAAGAAGCUGAGGAGAAAGCUAAGAAGGAAGCUGAGGAGAAAGCUAAGAAGGAAGCUGAGGAGAAAGCUAAGAAGGAAGCUGAGGAGAAAGCUAAGAAAGAAGCUGAAGAGAAAGCUGAGGAGGAAGAAACACUCGCGGCCCUAAUGUGACAGAGGGGACAUGAAUCUGGUUCGUAUCUUGAUGCACAUGAGACACUUUAAUGUAUCGAAUAGUUUUAAAAAGAGAGGGAAAAAACCGCACAGUUCUGACAAA